AUGGCUGUUUUGACGAGUAACGUUACUGGGUUGCAGUCACCCACUUUCAAACACAACUAUCUUGUUAUGUCUUUGUCCGGUGGAGGUCUUUUACGCUCAGCUCAACUAGUAAUUUUUAGACAACCUUUCAGGUGCGCAGGAAUUAAAAAGAAGAGGAACUACGCCGAGACCCCUUCUAAAUACCGACCUUCUGUACUUGUGAAGACUCUUCGUGGUUUUCAAUUUAACGAUGGGGACUAUGUUUAUAAGGGCGAUAUCUUAGUUCGACAGAUGUGUAUGGAGAUAUACCCAGGUGAAGCUGUCAAACUAGACCCAGAAACAUGGAACUUAGUGGCACUAAGUAAUGGACGUUUUACCAUUAGCACAGAGAAGCUUUCACCGUUUCCUGACAGCCCUUUGUAUAAUAAAGUGAAAGACGGUGAAGUAAUCUAUAAACCAUUUGUUCAUGUUAUUAGCGAUCCACCCGAACCUGUUUAUAAACUCAAGCGCAUUUUGUAA